GGCUAUGGAGCAACGGCGUCUGUGCAUCUUGCUCACUAUGUGCCCAGGAACGAGAAAGUCGCCAUCAAAAUGGUGGAUAUGGAUCUAUUUGCUCCUCGACAAAUCGACGAACUGCGGAAGGAAUUGCAAGUCAUGAACCUCUGCCGUCAUCUCAAUCUACUCCCAGUUCUGCAAAGCUUUAUAUGCGAGUCCAAAUUGUGUAUCGUCACGCCAGUCAUGUCUGCAGGCUCGUGCCACGAUAUACUGACCGUCAAUUCCAAUGGAUUGGACGAGCGAAUCAUUCGAUGCAUUCUAAAACAAGUUUUGGAUGGCGUUUGUUACUUGCACCAAAACAAUCUCAUUCAUCGCGAUGUAAAGGCGGCUAAUCUGCUGGUAGACAGAUUAACAGGAAAUGUCAAACUAGCGGAUUUUGGUGUGUCAGCUAAUGGUCGACUGUCCAGUGGAAGACGAAAAGCUGCUCGCAACUCCUUUGUUGGAACACCAUGUUGGAUGUCACCAGAGAUAUUAGAAAGUCAAGGAUAUGACUGCAAAGUAGAUCUCUGGAGUCUAGGUAUAACGGCUUUGGAACUAGCCUAUGGAAGGCCCCCCAAUGCACACAGUGACCCCACCAAUAUUUUUAGAAGUAUAGUCACUUCCCCAGCUCCCACUUUGGAAGAAGAACUUUGUUAUUUCGAGUACUCCGACGAGUUUAAAGACUUUAUCGACUGUUGUCUGGUAAAGGAUCCGCACCAACGCAUAUCCGCAGAACAAGCCCUCGCACAUCCAUUUUUCCGUAAAACAGCUUCGCCAUCUAUUAUUGUAGACCAUUUA